UCGAGAGCCUGAAGCCCAUGUGUGCAAGUUCAUGAGCGACUUUUGCACCAGAGUUGCAGCAUGUUUCCCGCACGGCGUUCUGAGUCCAAGCAUAUUUACUUGGUUUUUGCCUAAUGCGUUGAACACUUCUGGAGGACAUUUUUUCCCCAUCUAAUGUAAGAUCCCAGCUGUCUUUGGAAUGAUGUGGACCUUACAUGACAGUAUUGGAUUUGUGCUCUUUUCCUGUUUGUCCUUUCAAAUUGGAUUGUCUCUUGACGGAAAGUUUACCGAUUUACCUUCUAACAUCACUGCCAGGGAAGGGCAGAACAUUGAAAUGGCAUGUGCCUUUCAAAGUGGGAUGUCCUCGGUAUACUUAGAGAUCCAGUGGUGGUUUAUUCGUGCUCCGGAGGAACCGAUUACAAGCGAGGAGGAUGACGAUGAUACAGAGAUGGAGCUGAUUCCAGAGCCAGACCCUGAUGAAGAAGGAACCAAAAUAAGUACAGUCAAAGUCCAAGGCAAUGACAUCUCCCACAAGCUGCAGAUCUCUCGGGUGAGCAAGAAUGAUGAGGGCCUGUACGAAUGUCGUGUCACAGAUGCCAACUAUGGAGAACUCAAGGAGUACAAGGCUCAAGCCUACCUGAAAGUCAACGGCACUAUCCGACCCCGUAAUCGGGCCAUCAAGAAGACCUCGCCACUGCACUUGACCGAUAAGAAGCCCCGCAAGAGCAGCUCAGCCCUGGAACAGGAUGGCAAAGGCAUGAGUUCGGACCAGAGAUCCGAGUCAACUUCUACCUCUCAGACAUCACAAUCCAAAACAAUCAAACACAGCACAGGGUCAGGUACAAGGAUAGCCACAAGUAAUGGACUUGCUAUUUUUCUCCUCAUAUCUGGCCUCAUGAAGGGAACUUGGCUAUAGUUCCAAGACAGUGACCCUCCCCCCCCCCGAGUCACUCGUAUUUCAGAGCCAAGAGAAAAUUUUUGCUUUUUGGAUGGAGCGGACAGCAGAGUUGUCCCAUUCUUCAAAACAAUACACAGCACCCAAUGUAGUCUAAUGAUCAUCACUAGAAGCACCUUCAUUUCAAAAGCCUAGGAAAACUGCCAUACUGGACACGUGCUUAGCGCUACAAAUCAAACAAAAGUCAAAAAUGGACACAGACUCUUAUGGGAUCUAACACCCAUAUAUAUAUAUAUAUAAUUUUUGUUCUAUCUCCAGCUGUGAUUUUAAUAAAUUGCUCUGAGGUUCCGAAGAGUCUAUAUUUGUGUAACAUAAAUAUAUGAACCGAUAUAAAGUAUAUAUAAGUAUUUGAUUUGAAAGGGCCCCUGACUCUGUACAGCUGCCAUUCAUUCUAUAUAUUCAUAUGCAAAGACAGCCUUGAAAAUAAAAGAAAACAACAGCACCACAGCUUAGUACAUAUUGUGUCUGGAUCGCUAAUUGAGCUCUGCUUACUUAUGUGGUAAUUCAGUGUUUGCAUUGAUCUGCAGUGUUUUGCAUUAAUGCAGAUAUUAUGUGUUUCUUUUUUUUUAGCAUAAUAAAUAUGAAUAUAUUCCUUUUUUUUCUCCACCUUUUUAUAUAUGUAUAUUCAAGGACAACAAAUGCAUCCACAUGCUAUGUCAUGUUGAGUUAGCAUGUAUAGGAACUCAUGUAGCAUGCAAGCAAAGUACUCUACAACUGGAAACUAAAUCACACCAUAACACCAUUCAAGGGCAUUUCUUGAAAAGACAUUCUUCUUUUUUUUUUUUUUUUUUUUAAUGAGUCAGAGGAAUUGUUUGAAAUAAAUGUUACUUCGACCUUCAAACCACUAAAGGUGUUACGUGGCCAUCAGUGCUAUUAAAUGUUGUGAUUGCGUCCUUCUAAACAUGCCAAGUAUGAUUCACCUACGUUUAGGUGCUGAAGAUGAUUGCUUUGCACCACUUGAAGCAACUGUCAUUUCCAAUGUGUUUACUGUCUUCAAAAAUCACAUUGCACCAGACCCUUACAUUUCCACUUUAGCUGACAAAAUCAAUAGUUGGAUGUGGUUGAAUAGUUGGAUUGGUUUUCUCAAGUGUGUUAUUAUUAUUAUUAUUAGCUUAGUUCCUUGUUACAAUAUUAUAAAAUCUUUAGACUCUUAAAUUUAUGGUAGAUUUGCAGAGUGAUAUGAAUUAUCAAAAAGAAGGUGAAAUUUUCCAAAAAAAUUAGGAGAGUUGCCCUUACAGUAUACCUCUUAAAACGAUUGAGGUUUUAUUUUGGUUGAUCUAGUUUUGCUUCGUUCUGAUGACUGAAGUGCUACAAAAAAAUAAAUAAAUAUAAAAUACCCACCAGAAACUUGUUGUGGAUAAUAAAGUCCAGAUUAAAACUUCUAACCAUCGCACAGUGGAAUCUAAUGAUUGCUGGAUGUUUAUGUGAGGCAAAGGUACAGUGGGGUCCAAACGUCUGGAACUACAUUGAAAUUCUGGAUUUUAUUUUAUUUUAUUAUUCAUAUUUUUACAUGUAUUUAGUUUUUUACUCAUUCAUUUAAAGUUGCUAAUAAAAAAGUGUUAUGUUUAUGAUAAAUGUCAACAAAUUGCAACAACUGAAAUGUUAUGACUUGAAAUGAAUAAGACAUUUUUAAGAUUACACAAAAUUUUUAGUUCAUUAAUCAAAUGUAUACA